AUGGUGGAGGUGAGUACCAGCCAGGGGCUGAGCUGGCAGAGAAAUACCAACAAAUUGCCCCUGGCCCAUGGUGGAGAGUCCGAGACGUCCCUGUGUGUCCCAGGCCACCUGAGUGGCAUGGCUGGGGUGGAGUUAGAUGACUGGUUGGGGCUGUGUCACAUUGGGCCAGACACUGUGCAAUGCGGACACAUCAACUCGGCAGAACUUCUCAUCUUCCUGUCAUCUCUCACACCCACUGGGGCCUCAGCCACAGGCAGCAGCUGCCCGCCUGCCCACCUCCUUCCUUCCCAGCCAGAGGGGACUUCUGCAGAGCCAGGUAAUAGGGGCAUAAAGGGGGAACCCACUCCAGAAUUGGGUUGUUGCCACAAGACCAAGACCCUGGGGAGCACAGGGGGCUCCCUCUCCCCCAGCCUGGACUUCCAGCUCUGCCAAGGAAACCAGGUCUUCCCAGCCUGCAGGUCACCUCCAGACACAGUGGAUGCCCAUGGCCUGUCCUGUGCCAACUGGCUGUGCCCCUUGCCACUGGCACCAGCCAGGUCUGCCCUGCUGGCCUGCCCCCAGGGCCUGGACCUAUACCUGUGCGCCCUGCAGCCAGCACCCCUGGGCACAGCCCCGCAGGGUCUCAGAGAGGACACCUUGAGCACGAAGCACCAGCCACCAGGGCUGCACGCCGGCUCCACAAAUGACGAGAAACUCAUAGCCAGGUACCCUCCGAGCAGAGACAAGAUGGGAAGCCGGCCAGAGAGAGUUGGCAAGGGGACCUCCUGCCCAUCCUUCUCUUGUCCCAACAGCUCUUCCGCAACCCCCUGGCAGAAUAGAAGGAGCCGCAGCCCCUCGGCUUCCUGCUCCUGCCCCCUGCCUGCUCCCAGCUCCAAAGAACUCCCAUUCCAUCUCCACCCCUUCUAUCCUGCAUACCCAUUUCUCCUGCCUCCACCUUACCUGUUCACCUAUGGGGCCCUACCUUCUGUCCAAUGUCCCCCCCUCUUCAUGCUGCCCCAAGACACCUCCUACCCCGCCAUGGCUGUGCCCAGCUUGCUGAUGACUGUCAAUGAGCCUGGGCACCACAGUGCCCCAGGGGAGACCCUGCAUCCCUACCCAGGGGCCUCCCAAGCCCCUGGCCAAACUCGACCCUCCCAGGCCCGGAAUCCAGGCCCUGGAGUUGCCAGGCCCUCCGCUCCAGGGCCGGAGCGUGCUGGCAGGGUAGCUCCAGCAAAGCGGGCCCCACCGGGUUCCCGGACAGGCACCGCAGCCCUGCCUUACCCGCUGAAGAAAGAGAAUGGCAAAAUCUUGUACGAUUGCAACGUGUGUGGCAAGAGCUUCGGGCAGCUCUCCAACCUCAAGGUCCAUCUGCGUGUGCACAGUGGGGAGCGCCCGUUCCAGUGUGCCCUGUGCCAGAAGAGCUUCACCCAGCUCGCGCACCUGCAGAAGCACCACCUGGUACAUACCGGGGAGCGGCCCCACGAGUGCCUGAUGUGCCACAAGCGGUUCAGCAGCUCCAGCAACCUCAAGACCCACCUGCGCCUGCACUCAGGGGCCCGGCCCUUCCAGUGCAGUGUCUGCCCAAGUCGCUUCACCCAGCACGUGCACCUGAAGGUGCACCAUCGGCUGCAUGCCCCACAGCCCUGUGGCCUAGCUCACACCCACCUGCCUCUGGCAUCUCUUGCCUACCUUGCCCGAUGGCACCAGGGGGCACUAGAUCUUGUGGCGGCUCCAUCAGAGAGGCAGAUGGGCCGGGAUGUGGACAAGGUCAAGGUGUCCUCAGCAUCAGGAAAAGCAAGGACAACCAGCCUGAGUGAUGGGGCCAGGACUGCCCUGGGGAGGGGGCAGGGGCAGAGCAAUUAAAGGAUUUUCUCUAUGAUGA